UGAUAUGAGGACAUUCUCGCGACAGCGGGAUUUGUUAAAUUACAGAAAAUAUGGCGGACAGACUAACACAGCUCCAAGACGCUGUCAAUUCGCUUGCUGAUCAGUUUUGUAAUGCCAUCGGCGUGCUGCAACAGUGUGCGCCCCCUGCCUCCUUUAGUAACAUCCAGACGGCUAUCAACAAAGAUCAGCCAGCGAACCCAACUGAAGAAUAUGCCCAGCUAUUUGCAGCCCUGAUCGCCAGAACAGCUAAAGAUGUGGAUGUACUAAUCGACUCUCUGCCCAGUGAGGAGUCCACGGCAGCUCUGCAGGCGGCCAGUCUGCGGCAGCUGGAGGAGGAGAACCACGAGGCAGCAGCCCGUCUGGAGGAGGUGGUUUACCGCGGCAAUAUGCUGCUGGAGAAGAUCCAGAGCGCCCUGGCUGACAUCGCCCAGUCUCAGCUCCGCACCCGCAACGGGGCACCAAGCCAGCCUUCACCAGCCGAAUCCUGACCCACAACGUACAUAAUGCAGUUUUGGACAAUCCCCCCCCCCCCCCCUUUCCGUCUCAUUUUCAGCCCUCUCAUUUUAACCCUGUUUUUACCCUCAGACAUCAGCCGCAAGCCUCAAAAACACUCAAAAAUAUGCUGAAUGUGUUAAAGAAAUGUGAGAUUCUAUACAGCCAAUGAAACAUCACUUAAUCGCUUCAUUACAAUGUCAUCAUCACACAUCAGCCACUGUUCUGAAGGCAAACACAAUGAAAAAUGUGUCUGAGUGUAGAAGACUAGAUGCCAGCUGGGAGAGAGCACACUGUUGGGUUUGGGGAGCUUUCUGCCAUAUAGAAAGUUUGGAAAAAUCAUUUUUUAUGGUCCAAAAGACUCCAGUCUGAAUGUGUGAAUGGUAACCGUUUUUUUAUGUUUUAUGUAUAUGUUAUAUAUGUUGGUUAAGUCUGUUUUUGUAGAUAUUUAUGAAUGCAGUGAUUUCAAAAUUCUGGUUUUGGAGUGUCUUCACUCAAAAACACUCCUCGGAUCAGUUAACAGAUCGGCUCAACUCACUCUAUCUCCAUGUCUGACGAGUCUUGUUUUUCUUUUUUUUUAAUAAAGCUUGAACAAAGUC